AUGACUUCAAUCGCACCUUUUUACCACGACACAACGUCCUAUGAUGUGAUGAACCGAUUCAAAGAUCAAGCUAAAGGCAAGACUUAUAUUAUUAGUGGUCCUAGCGCAGGUAGCCUCAGUGCUGCUGCUUCUCGCGGUCUUAUCCUCGACUCUCCCAAGCGUGUUAUACUCGUUGGUCGAUCGCAAUCGAAGAUCCAACCGGUUAUUGAUGAGCUCACUGUUGAAUAUUCAUCAGUCCACAUUUCGUAUAUUCGCGUUGACUUAGCCGACAACCAAGCAGUGUAUAAAGGUGCACAAGAAAUCAAAUCUCUCACAGAUGAAAUCCAUGGGUUGAUUAAUAGUGCUGGCAUUAUGGCUCCAGCAAAAUAUCAUACAUCAAAGGAUGGCAUUGAGAUGCAAUUUGCAUCUAACCACGUUGAGCAUUUCUUAUUAACGAAUUUACUCAUGCCCGAUAUUAAGAAGGCACAGGGUGUUGUAACCAAUGUCGCUAGUGGUGCUUACCAGGUUGCCGACCCAGACUUCGAAGAUAAUAAUUUCAAUGACGGCAAAACAUACAAUCCAUGGGUGGCUUAUGGUAGAUCCAAAUGCGCCAAUAUUGCCUUUACUGUUGCGCUUGCAAAACGGCUUAUUGGAUCCGGCUGCGCUGCCUUCUCUGUCAAUCCAGGCUACGUCGAGGAUACUCCUCUGCAGAAGAAUUCCGGCAUCACUUCUACCGAUAUGGCGGCAGGCUUUAACCUUGCGGCCCAGAGAGGCGUAGUCGCAACUGAAAUAUCUCCGAGAACUAUCGAGCAAAGCGCAGCAACGAUGAUUUUAUCCGUCCUAGACACGAAACUUCGGGAGUAUUCUGGAGCAUACCUUGAGUAUUGCCAAGUCGGUAAACCUAAGGAAUACGCUACGAGGGUGGAAAUUGCUGAGCAGCUGUGGAUGAUAAGCGAGAGUCUUGUUGGAGAGAAAUUCUAA